UAACUUCCGGAAAGUCCGGCGCGGAGAGGAAAAGCCCCGAAGGAAACAAUAACAAACAGCCGGAAGAAGCGAUUCUGGCUUGCAGUGUCGCGUAGAUCUCCAGGAAGAUGCCUUCCGGGCCCUGCGAGGGGAUGUGAGAGGGCUCGGUGGGCUCCAGCCAGCUUUCCUCCAUCUGCCCCUCCCGGGGGUCCCUGGCUCUUGCCAUGGCGGGCGUGGGGCCGGGGGGCUACGCGGCGGAGUUCGUGCCACCUCCGGAGUGCCCAGUCUUUGAGCCUAGCUGGGAGGAGUUCACAGAUCCGCUCAGCUUUAUCGGCCGCAUCCGGCCUCUGGCUGAGAAAACCGGCAUCUGCAAAAUCCGACCGCCUAAGGAUUGGCAGCCACCAUUUGCAUGUGAAGUAAAAAGCUUUCGUUUUACUCCAAGAGUCCAGCGCCUGAAUGAACUUGAGGCAAUGACCAGGGUAAGACUGGACUUCUUGGAUCAACUGGCAAAAUUUUGGGAACUUCAAGGAUCUACUUUGAAGAUCCCAGUGGUUGAGAGGAAAAUCCUGGAUCUUUAUGCUUUGAGCAAGAUUGUUGCCAGCAAAGGAGGUUUUGAAAUGGUCACCAAAGAGAAGAAAUGGUCUAAAGUGGGUAGCCGCUUGGGGUAUCUGCCAGGAAAAGGAACUGGGUCUCUUUUGAAGUCCCACUAUGAAAGAAUUCUCUACCCAUAUGAGCUUUUCCAGUCUGGUGUCAGUCUCAUGGGUGUACAAAUGCCUAACUUAGAUCUUAAGGAAAAAGUGGAACCCGAGGUUCUCAGUGCUGAUACCCAAACUUCCCCAGAGCCGGGCACCAGGAUGAACAUGCUGCCUAAGAGAACAAGACGGGUCAAGUCUCAGUCAGAAUCUGGAGAAAUGAACAAAAACACAGAAUUGAAGAAACUUCAGAUCUUUGGGGCUGGACCCAAGGUUGUGGGCCUGACAGUUGGAACAAAAGAUAAAGAAGAUGAGGUCACCCGAAGACGAAAAGUUACCAACAGGUCAGACGCAUUUAACAUGCAAAUGAGACAACGGAAAGGAACUCUCUCUGUUAACUUUGUGGAUCUCUAUGUGUGUAUGUUUUGUGGUCGAGGAAACAAUGAAGAUAAAUUGCUUUUGUGUGAUGGAUGUGAUGACAGCUAUCAUACAUUUUGUCUAAUUCCACCACUACCUGAUGUUCCCAAAGGAGACUGGAGGUGUCCUAAAUGUGUCGCUGAGGAGUGUAACAAACCUCGAGAAGCCUUUGGAUUUGAACAAGCGGUACGAGAGUAUACACUUCAGAGCUUUGGAGAGAUGGCAGAUAAUUUUAAGUCUGAUUAUUUCAAUAUGCCAGUCCAUAUGGUUCCCACAGAACUGGUAGAGAAGGAAUUCUGGCGGCUGGUUAGCAGCAUUGAAGAAGAUGUCAUUGUGGAGUAUGGAGCUGAUAUCUCCUCCAAAGACUUUGGAAGUGGGUUUCCUGUGAAGGACGGUCGGAGAAAGAUGUUGCCAGAGGAAGAGGAGUAUGCACUUUCGGGUUGGAAUUUGAAUAACAUGCCUGUCCUGGAGCAGUCUGUCCUUGCACACAUUAAUGUAGAUAUUUCUGGAAUGAAGGUGCCAUGGCUCUACGUGGGAAUGUGUUUCUCCUCUUUUUGCUGGCACAUUGAGGAUCACUGGAGUUACUCCAUUAACUACUUGCAUUGGGGGGAGCCAAAGACAUGGUAUGGUGUACCGUCGCAUGCUGCAGAACAGCUGGAAGAGGUGAUGAGGGAGCUGGCCCCUGAGUUAUUUGAGUCCCAGCCUGAUCUGCUGCAUCAGUUAGUCACCAUCAUGAACCCCAAUGUGCUAAUGGAGCAUGGUGUGCCUGUGUACAGGACGAAUCAGUGUGCAGGCGAGUUUGUUGUGACGUUUCCUCGUGCCUAUCAUUCUGGAUUUAACCAGGGCUACAACUUUGCUGAAGCUGUGAACUUCUGUACUGCUGACUGGUUGCCCAUUGGACGUCAGUGUGUAAAUCAUUACCGACGCCUACGGCGCCAUUGUGUCUUUUCACAUGAGGAGCUAAUUUUCAAGAUGGCAGCAGACCCAGAGUGCUUAGAUGUGGGGCUGGCUGCCAUGGUCUGCAAAGAGCUGACGCUCAUGACUGAAGAAGAGACACGAUUAAGGGAGUCUGUUGUACAAAUGGGUGUCCUGAUGUCAGAAGAAGAAGUGUUUGAACUCGUUCCUGAUGACGAGCGACAGUGUUCAGCAUGCAGAACCACAUGUUUUCUCUCUGCUCUCACAUGCUCCUGUAAUCCCGAGCGGCUUGUAUGUCUCUACCAUCCGACUGAUCUGUGCCCCUGCCCCAUGCAGAAGAAAUGUCUUAGAUAUCGCUACCCAUUAGAAGACCUCCCUUCUCUUCUUUAUGGUGUAAAAGUCAGGGCACAGUCCUAUGACACUUGGGUCAGUCGUGUUACAGAAGCAUUAUCUGCUAACUUCAACCACAAGAAAGAUUUGAUUGAAUUGCGAGUAAUGCUGGAAGAUGCUGAGGAUAGGAAAUAUCCAGAAAAUGAUCUCUUUCGGAAGCUCAAGGAUGCUGUAAAAGAAGCUGAGACUUGUGCUUCUGUGGCCCAGCUGCUUCUGAGCAAAAAGCAGAAACACAGGCAGAGCCCAGAUAGUGGAAAAACUCGGACCAAGCUGACAGUGGAAGAACUGAAGGCCUUUGUCCAACAACUUUUUAGUCUUCCAUGUGUUAUCAGCCAAGCUCGGCAAGUAAAGAAUCUGCUUGAUGAUGUGGAAGAGUUCCACGAAAGAGCUCAGGAGGCACUGAUGGAUGAAACCCCUGACUCUUCCAAACUCCAGAUGUUGAUAGACAUGGGUUCUAGUCUGUAUGUGGAGCUGCCUGAAUUACCUCGACUGAAGCAAGAGCUACAGCAGGCUCGGUGGUUGGAUGAAGUAAGACUGACCCUGUCAGAUCCACAGCAAGUCACUCUGGACAUCAUGAAAAAGCUGAUCGACUCUGGUGUGGGGUUGGCGCCCCAUCAUGCUGUGGAGAAAGCAAUGGCCGAGCUGCAGGAGCUCCUCACCGUCUCGGAGCGAUGGGAAGAAAAGGCUAAGGUCUGCCUACAGGCAAGACCUCGGCACAGUGUGGCAAGUUUAGAAAGCAUUGUCAAUGAAGCCAGAAACAUUCCAGCUUUUCUGCCCAACGUGCUGUCCCUCAAAGAAGCCUUACAAAAGGCUCGAGAGUGGACAGCAAAAGUGGAAGCUAUUCAGAGUGGCAGCAACUAUGCUUACUUGGAGCAGCUUGAAAGCUUAUCUGCUAAGGGGCGCCCUAUCCCCGUGAGGCUUGAUGCCCUGCCACAGGUGGAGUCGCAGGUGGCGGCAGCGCGGGCCUGGAGGGAGCGCACAGGGCGGACCUUUCUUAAGAAGAACUCCAGCCACACGUUGUUACAGGUGCUAAGUCCUCGGACCGACAUUGGUAUAUAUGGGAGUGGUAAAAACAGAAGGAAAAAAGCAAAAGAACUAAUAGAAAAAGAAAAAGAAAAGGAUGUGGACCUUGAGCCUUUGAGUGAUCUGGAGGAAGGGCUGGAGGAGACCAGAGACACAGCCGUGGUGGUGGCAGUGUUCAAAGAGCGAGAGCAAAAGGAGAUUGAAGCCAUGCAUUCCCUGAGAGCAGCCAACCUCGCCAAGAUGACAAUGGUGGACCGCAUAGAAGAAGUAAAGUUUUGUAUUUGCCGUAAGACAGCCAGCGGGUUCAUGCUGCAGUGUGAGCUCUGCAAAGACUGGUUCCAUAACAGUUGUGUUCCCCUUCCUAAAUCAAGUUCCCAGAAAAAAGGGUCCAGCUGGCAGGCUAAAGAAGUUAAAUUUCUGUGUCCUCUUUGCAUGCGGUCUCGAAGGCCCAGGCUAGAGACUAUACUGUCGCUGCUGGUAUCCCUUCAGAAGUUGCCUGUGCGGUUGCCCGAAGGAGAGGCCCUCCAGUGUUUGACCGAACGUGCCAUGAGUUGGCAGGACAGAGCCCGGCAGGCCCUCGCCACAGAGGAACUGUCGUCUGCCUUGGCCAAACUGUCUGUGCUAAGCCAGCGGAUGGUUGAGCAGGCAGCCCGAGAAAAAACGGAGAAGAUCAUCAGUGCAGAGCUCCAAAAAGCAGCUGCCAAUCCAGACUUACAGGGACACUUACCUAGUUUUCAACAGUCUGCUUUUAACCGGGUGGUGAGCAGUGUAUCAUCUUCCCCCCGACAAACAAUGGACUAUGACGAUGAAGAAACAGAUUCUGAUGAGGACAUUCGGGAGACAUAUGGCUAUGACAUGAAGGACACAGCCAGUGUGAAGUCAUCUAGUAGUCUGGAGCCCAAUCUCUUCUGUGAUGAAGAAAUCCCUAUCAAGUCAGAGGAAGUGGUAACUCACAUGUGGACAGCACCUUCAUUCUGUGCAGAACAUGCUUAUUCUUCUGCUUCUAAAAGUUGUUCUCAAGGUACUAGCACCCCAAGGAAACAACCUCGUAAGAGCCCUUUAGUUCCCCGAAGUUUGGAGCCUCCGGUGUUGGAGUUGUCACCUGGAGCAAAAGCCCAACUGGAAGAACUCAUGAUGGUUGGAGACCUCUUGGAAGUGUCCCUGGAUGAGACACAACACAUAUGGCGGAUUCUGCAGGCUACACACCCACCCUCAGAAGACAGAUUCCUGCAUAUCAUGGAGGAUGACAGCAUGGAAGAGAAACCAGUAAAAAUGAAGGGAAAAGAUUCUUCAGAGAAGAAAAGGAAACGGAAGCUAGAAAAGGUAGAACAGCUUUUUGGAGAAGGAAAACAGAAAUCCAAGGAGCUAAAGAAAAUGGAUAAACCCAAAAAGAAGAAAUUAAAAUUAAAUGCAGACAAAUCAAAGGAGCUGAACAAAUUGGCCAAGAAACUAGCAAAAGAAGAAGAGAGGAAAAAAAAGAAGGAAAAAGCUGCUGCAGCCAAAGUUGAACCUGUGAAAGAAAGUACUGAGAAGAAAAGAGAGAAGAAAGUGCUGGACAUCCCCUCCAAAUAUGACUGGUCAGGAGCAGAGGAGUCCGAUGACGAGAAUGCCGUGUGCGCAGCACAGAACUGCCAAAGGCCCUGCAAGGACAAGGUAGACUGGGUACAAUGUGAUGGUGGCUGUGAUGAGUGGUUUCAUCAAGUUUGUGUGGGUGUAUCUCCAGAAAUGGCUGAAAAUGAAGAUUACAUCUGUAUAAACUGUGCAAAGAAACAGGGCCCAGAUAGCCCAGGUCACGCACCACCUUCUUCCUUCAUAAUGAGCUACAAACUGCCAAUGGAAGACCUUAAAGAAACCAGUUAGCAGAUGCUUCGUUAGUUUGGGACAUGGCGGGAACGGACCAUGUUGAGACCUUAGUUAUAAAGUAGAGUGGUUGAGAUCCACUCAGAAUGUUGCUUCCAAAGAUGAAUGGCCUUCAGAGAAAGUCCUCUUAGUGCUAGCUUCCCCUUUGCAUGGACUGUGUGGGCUACAUUCUCUAUCAGCACAUCUAUGCAGAGGAUGUCUUCUUGGUACAACAGCCAGUAUUUCCACUCAUGUCUCUUUUGAGUAUGGUUUACUGGAUUAAGGCCAGACACUUGGUGGAGCUCACAAGUAGCUGGGUGGCAUUAAUACACUGGUGUGCUAGCAGGGCAUGCAUAAGAUGUGGCUUACGGCCAGCUGGUAAUAGAGGCUUGUAACGUAGCAGCACCACCAUCUGAAGGUGCUGAUUGCUUGAAUCUCCUUAUUUGGGAUAGUUGGAGAGGAGUCAGAGUACAGCUUUCCUACCACUAUUACCUGGCAUUUAAUGUCCCAUAAGUACAACUAUAAGGAACAGGUCAAAGUUAUUCUUAGAAGUAAUGGGAGAGUAGUCCAGUCUGUAGACCUCGGCUGCUUAUGCUUGUUUAUACCAAGAAGAAAAUCCCAAGUAAGAGAACCUUGCACCAUCUGGGCAGAUCACCUUACUUUUCUAAGCAGGAGGAUGACAAUACUGGAUGCUAGGAAGAAGAAUUUUUAUUUCAAGGCAAAAAGCCCUUUUUUUGGCCUUUGAGCAGUUUGACUGUCUUGGGUCUAUAUUUUAGAGAAGAAAGGUACAUGGUUCCAAGCUUCUUUAAAAAAAAGAAAGAAAAAGCAAGAAAAAGAAGACCAGAAUGUCUUUCUGAGCCACAGCCUGCAUGCUUUUUGGGAAACCUUCAUUCACAAGUAUUCCAGAUACCAUCUGGCUUUAGGCAUGGCCAUGAGCAAGACUAGCGUCAGCCUCUUGCCUUGCAGCUCUGCCCCAAUGCCUGCUAUUCCCAACGUGGCACUGUCCGACCGUGACCCACAGCAAAUGCUGUUGACUAAUACUGUGACUUCAGCGGAGAAUGUGGGGCUGUAGUACCUCUGCGUGAUAAAGUUGUUUUAGUAAAUCCAUUUUUAAAAGGAAAAAAAA